AUGACACGCUUUAUCAUCACCGCGCUUGUUCUAACUGCUCUUGCAGCCCAUGUGAAUGCUGCUGGAAAUGAAGACGUAUUCGAAAUGUUGCCUGAAAUCAACCAUGUAUUCCGUCAACCUGAAGUAAUGCCUUCUGCGUGGUUCUCCGUGCUCUUUGGGCUCCUAGCUCUUUCGCCAUGGGCAUUACUUAUUUCUGGUUGGACCAGUCUUGGCAUCAAUCCAUCAAAGAUUGUCUCGGACUUGACAACUAGUUCAUCAUCAAUGGGACCCGUUUCAAUUGUCGCAUUCCUUUUGUCAUUGGCAUCCAUCGAGUAUAUUCUGUUCCUUUACUGGGUCAAGUUCAACAUCUUCCAAACCCUCGGGUACCUUUUCUUGCUUUCAAUUGUAGCAGCUGCCACUGGACAACGUGCAUUGAGUCAGAUCCAGAAAAUUAGAACAUCACCUUAA